CGCCGCAUGUGCAGCGCCAGCGAGCACGACGGAUAAUUAUUACUAUUAUCACCGCCGCCGCCGCCGUAGUCCGGACAAUCGCCGCAGCACGCGCGCGCCUACUUGCCGGCCGGUACCCGUCGUGCCCCGUCGACAGCCGUCGCCCAGACGCGCGCACGCGCAUACACCGCCGCCGCCGCGAAACGGACCCGAGCGAAAGGGUCUGUCCGACCGGCGAGCACUCUUCAGUCGUUGGACUACGCGCAACUCUUCCGGGUGUCGAGUGAAUCGGAACCGCUCUCCGAGCACUCUUCUUCGCGUGCAACGCCGCCGCCGCCGCCGCCGAAGAUUACAAUAAUUUUUCCGCCGCGGACUUAACCGAUUUUUUUGACUUUUGCGUUCACAUGACUAUUUUUCGCACAGUGCGUUUCCCGCGAUUUGUUUUGUUUAUACUCAAAUUAUUUUGCGUUCGUAUUUCGAUUUUGUGAAAAACUUUUCCGAAACGAUAAAGAUUUUUUUAAAAAAAAAUCAAAGUCGUAAGAUUGCGAUUUGUCGCCAGAAAAAAAAGAAGAAAAAACGAACAACUUCAAUCAUGGCUGUACCGUUCAGACUUGAGCCCGAUCCUGAUGUAGCGAGGAUUCAUUAUUUGCGAAUCCAAGAUCUGCUCGUACAACUGAUGGGACUACUCAGGCAAAUGCCCUCUGCAAUGAUCGGUAAUGCGUUAAGCCCCCCUGUCAUCAACUUCAUUGCUGCGCCCCCGCGGCCGGAUCCGAUGGAAGAGCGCCACCGUCUUUGGCUACAGCAACGGCUAAGUCCGGAGUACCGCCGUAGUAUGCGCGAGCAACAGCAACAGCGCGAGCAACAGCGCGCGCAACAGCAACAGCGCGAGCAACAGCAAUCGUUGCUGCCCGAUUUGGUCGCGUCGUGCUCGCAGUCGGCUAGUCCACCGCUGUCGGCUAGUCCACCGCAGUCGGCGAGUCCACCGCAGUCAGCGAGUCCACCGCAGUCAGCGAGUCCACCGCCGCAGCAGCAAUUGCAGGCGCAGCAACAGUCCGGGGCCGACGGCGAGGACAAGAUUGCCGGGGCCGUCAAGCUGCAGGUGGCCGUGUGCCCGACUUGCUAUUACGGCAAAGAGCGCAAGCUGAAGGUGAUCGCCAUCGCCAAGCUGGACGAGAACGGCAAGCCGAUCCGCUGGACCAACCGCGACGACGAAGAACCGGUGGUUGUCGAGAAUAAGAGUUCAAAAGUAAAACGGCGAAUCAUGUCGCUGCUUCAGCCGUCGCACAUCGAAUCGUCCGUACUCACAGCCAUGUUCGUAAUCAUCGGCUGGAAAAUGUUCAUCAAACAAUAAUGUAAUUUUGUUUUAAGAAUUAGAGAGAGAGAGAGAUAGAGAAAAAAAAACAAUUUUUUUCCACGCCUAUAUAAAAAGACUCCAAAACAUGGUUCCAGUCACGGUUUUUAGUGACUAAAACAAAUUUAAAUUUUAAUGCUAAUCAAAUCGACCGUUGAUCUCAAUUUACAAAAAUGUGAGAUGAUCGCAACCGUAGCCAAAUGUAGUAUUAAUUUAUACUAUAUUAUAAUAAUAUAACCUAUAUCUUUACUUUAGUUCAUUAUGAUUAUUAUUAUUAUUAUUAUUAUUAUUUGAUAUUGUCAUCGACUUGAACGCGCGUGUUCGUUUACUCUGCAGCCGCUGCUGCUUUUGGGCGUACGAGCUUCUUUUCGGUUAUUAUUAUUAUUAUUAUUAUAUAAUUUUUUUUUGUAUAACAUCAACAUUAUCGUAUAAGUAUGUACCUAUUUUUUUUUAUUUUUUUUUUUUUUGUAAUUAAUCUCUAUUUCUAUUCUUCAUCUGUUGUAUUUUUAUGUCGUUUCACAUGGAAUUCUGCGGUUUCAGUCCCAGACCAGUUCACGUUUUGAUCUCGUUUUUAUAAAACUAUAGCUUCAGAACGGCACUACCGCUGCGGCGGGGUCUUCCCUGCCGCGGCGGUUUUGAAUUAGUACGAAAUGCUAUAUUGUAUUAAUUUUUUUUAUAUUUUUGCUCACUGUAAAUAUGCGUUUAUAUCUUUUUAUUUAUAUACACACACACUCGCGCCGCGUCAUUAUUAUUAUUAUUUUUUUGAAUUCCGUCCGUUCACCACGGAUGUCGUAAAUUUGGUUAUCAUCAAACAGCUAAAGAAAAUAAAAUUGAAUUCUCUGUGGACGUUUUUCUCUUGUUUCUAUUCGUUCUACUAAUAAUUAUGGUAUAGGUCAUAAUAUGAGGCGGUAUAGUAUACCAGCUGGUAUAUUAUAUUAUAUUUUGGCAAACGUCGAGAUCCAGUUCUGACAUAAUAAUAUAUUAUGUAUACAUCACUACAACAAAACCGACGACUAUAUAAUAUUAAAAUAUAAUUCAUACUUUGACACUAAGUGCGUCGAGGAAUCAUAAAAAAAAAUAUCGAUAUUAUGAUCGCUUUGUAAAUAAAUUAAAUUAAUCUUAAUAUAUUAUAAUACGCUUGUUGCGCACGCAUCAGGUUAUUAUAACUACCUAUAUAUAAUAUAAUAUUUAUAGCAUGUAUUUAUUUAUUUUUGGGUUUCUUAUUUUUUACAUUUUUUAUUAUUUCGAAAAGCAUUUCUGUGGUGUUAAAUAAACUUGGACGCCGUCGGGGCCUUUCAUAUGCUUCGAGCUUAAACCAUUCUUUGCGAAUUUCCUCCCGGCGACGGUCCUCGUUUCGCCCAUCAAAGCAAUUUCUGUGAUAAUGCCAUUAUUUUUUUUUUAUCUAUUGAAUUAUAUAUUUAUCUAAUAAAUCUAUGGCAUUUCUUGUGUUUUCUACGGUUCCUUAUAACGAAUCGUAAUAUAUUUAACAUAUUAUGUAAUUUGUAAUAUAUAUUGUAUUGAUAAGGGUUUUUUUAAUUAUUAUUAUAUUAUUAUUAUUAUUAUUAGUAGGCUGAUCUCUUUUUUGUAGUAUUUAAGUAGAUAGUGUUCUUAGCGAUUAGUUUAAUUUUAGUAUUAAUUAUUAGAUAAUAUUAUUACACUUUAGAUUUAAUGAUGUUGAUGUUAAAUAUUGUUAAAAUGGUCAUCUCUCUCUUCGAUUCACAAAAUAAAAACAAAAAUAGUUAUUAUGAUAAUAUGUACCUACUUGGCGCUCAAGAGUGUUUAAAUCAUAAUAAUUAAAAAAAAAAAAACUGUAAAAA